CGAGGACAAAACCUGUGCACCUGUUUGCUUCUGCCAUGUUGUCUUCCCAUUGUCUGAAAAGUUGGAGAACGUUGACUUACGCUAGUGGUGAAACAAAAGCCCAUAUACAUACAGCUAUAGAAGAAGGUUUAUUAAACUCACCAGAUGACAAGUGAACUCAAAGAUGACAUUGAGAACUUGAAACCGAAAGAAGGGGCCCGUACCAAGUGGUUGAUGAUCUUGAUCACACUACUUGAAUCGAUAUGCAUCUUCACUCUCAUUGAGAACCGUGAAAUUAUUGAUAAUGUCCACAGGCUGUUAAACUCUAUACUCCUGGGUAUAUUAACUGCUGGGCUUGGACAAUCGUUGAUUCAGCUGUUUAGACGUGUCUACUACUCGAGGCUGGCGAAGUUUUGCAUUUGGGGUGCAAUUAAUGGUAUACUGAGCUCGUUAUGGAUCGACACGCUACUGAAAAUUGAACCCACUUCAUUAAGGAUACUGGUUGAUCAGUCGGUCGGUACACCAUUCUUUCAAUCGGCAUUUAUCCUGUUCAACUGUGCUUGGGAGAACACUGAUUUCCUGUCUUCUUUCAGACAGACUUUCUUGAAGAUGCUGGGUACUUCAUAUGCAGUUUGGCCAUUGUGUUCGAUAAUAUCCUUUAACUUCUUGCCUCCACACUUGAUCUUCCCAUUCAACUGUUUUGUCAACGUCCUCUGGACUCUGGCUCUUGGUUUGAUCAUUUAA